CCGGACGUGGUUGGUGCCUUCAGUCUUCGCACAAAUGUGGAGGCUGAGAGAAAUAAAUAAACAAUUGUUAUGAUGCUCUGAGGGGCCUUUCUCACCUCUUCAAGAUGACAUGAAGCUGUAAACGUUGGUUCCGCGCCGUAAGUCCUGUUUCGCCCCGUUUCCUGUUUUAGCUGGUCAGGCUACCAUGGCAACGAGGAUGAAGCUGAAGCUGAAGACGGUCUUUGUGCUGUACUUCAUGGUCUCUCUGAUGGGCCUCGUCUACGCUCUCAUGCAGCUUGGCCAGCGCUGUGACUGCACACAACAUGUCAUUCCUAAGGACCGCACCAUAUCUCACCUGCGGGACGAGGUGCACCGUCUUCAAGAUCACAUAAAGAAGAUAGAGGAGACCAAGAAAUCCAAGAAGGAGCCGUCCAAAUCCUCCCAGCCGACUGUGUUUGUCAUCACCCCCACGUACGCAAGGCUGGUGCAGAAGGCCGAGCUGACUCGUCUGUCACAGACUUUCCUCCACGUUCCUCACCUACACUGGAUCGUGGUGGAGGACUCGCCGCGCAAGACGACCCUCGUGACCAACCUUCUGAUGAAGAGCGGCCUGAACUACACGCAUCUAAAUGUGCCCACCGCCAAGGACCGCAAACUUCAGGAGGGGGAUCCCAGCUGGCUGAAGCCCCGCGGCGUGGAGCAGAGAAACGAGGGACUGCGGUGGCUCAGGGAAGACAGGCAGAGCCUCCCAGGAGAGGAUGGCCAGAGGGGAGUGGUGUACUUCGCUGAUGACGAUAACACAUACAGCCUGCAGAUUUUUGAAGAGAUGAGGAGUACCCAGCGGGUUUCAGUGUGGCCGGUGGGGCUGGUCGGCGGGAUGAAAUAUGAGAAACCUGUGGUGGAAGGAGGAAAGGUGGUUCGCUUCCAUACCGGCUGGCGUCCCAGUCGUCCCUUCCCGAUGGACAUGGCAGGCUUCGCUGUCUCCCUCAAAUUGGUCCUGACCAAUCAGGAGGCUUGCUUUGAUGGCGAGGCGCCAAUGGGCUUCCUGGAAAGCAGUUUCCUUAAUGGUCUGGUGACCAUGGAUGAGCUGGAGCCCAAAGCAGACGACUGUACUAAAGUGCUGGUAUGGCACACACGCACGGAGAAGCCGAAGAUGAAGCGGGAGGAUGCGCUGCAGGCUCAAGGACUGGGCUCAGACCCUGCUGUGGAGGUCUGAGAAACACACACUAACACACACACAUCCUCCGCUGUGAAAGCUGCAUCUGUAACAGUACAUAGAAACAGAAAACAUCUGCACACCUUCAUUUUCCUGGUUAUGAUUGUCUGUUUUUCUGGGUCAUGUAAUAAAUGGAAAAGUGUAUUUAUAUCGAGCGUCACAAAUAUGUUGACUGGUGAUGUAUUAUGUGCUGGUUUCCUGUUAGUUUUAGUUCGUUUGGUGUCUUUGUUUAGGCCUGGGGGGAAAGAGAUGAUGCAGUUUAGACAACUACCUGAAGGGGGAGCCAGAUCAAAGCUGUAAAACUAUGCUGUUCAACAUGUUUGCUGAUUAUUUAUGAAUUCAAGGGGCAUUUUCAUGCAUGGCCUCUAACUUCGUGUCAUCUCCGUUGUCUGUAUCCGGUACCUUUUUAGAUGUUUUAAUUUAUUAACACAAAAACUGAAAAAAUCCUCACGGCCAUUUGCAAAGGCAUGUAGAUAAUACAAUCUGUAUAUUAGUUAUUUUCACAUAAAAGCAUCGCUGGCUCUGGGAUUUUUCUAACAGCAGCUUCAAAUUCUGUAAAACUGAAUAAAUCCAAUUAACAAGCUGCUUCCGUGUCACCGUGCACUCGUGUUGCAACCUAGCAACACCAUCCUUCAGCACAAGCUUGGGAUGUAGUAGUUUCACUCCCACUUCAGAGCUCAGAUGCAGCUUUUCAGUAGUAGAGCAGACGUUGAAUAAAUCCUGUCAGUAUAUUGGAUGUUUUACGUUGAAUUAUGCUUUAAAAAACACUAUUUAGAAGGCAAUAUCCAAAUCAAGACAAUAUUACGGCUGCAGCUCACGUCUUCCUUCCUGUGUUCCACCUCAACCUUGAUCAAAGAAAAAAACAUGAAUUGGUCUCCAAGAGAUGGGAAACUUUUUUGUACUUUUACAUUAGCAAAGCUUCAAAUAUGAACUGAACUACUUGAUCCGUGUUUGAUUAUCUUGAACAACGUCCGCUGAAGUCAGAUGACAAAGAACGAAGUAGCAUUCAAGUUCAAAAGGUUGUUUUGUGACACUGGGGAUAAAGAAAAAAACAUCCAGUGCCUGCUUCAGUAUGAUUAGUGCCUGUGAGGAAGUUAUCUGCUGUAAUCCAUGUAUUUAUUACUGUAACAUUGAUCUUCACAUUGUGUACAGCGUGAUAAUGUCUGUCCUUGGCCUUGAAAGUAAACUUUCAUUAUGUAUAA